CAUCACUUGACUUGUGUUUUAGCUUCCUUAAAACGGAUCAUCUUUGGUGGUUGAUGGUUAGAAGACGCUGUCUUGAGCAAAGGGCAAAGCAGCGGGUUACCAUGGCGACUAACUUCAGAAUCAGCGUGGCUGCAUGGGUGCUGGCGCUUUGCAUGUGCGUGGCACCGCUGCGAACCCCUUCGGGCACCACGCCCAACAUCAAACACAUCGCGAUGGGCAGGUGCUUCAACUACAUCACGCUCGUCAACCCCGGCAUCAGGUCGGACUGCGAGGAGAUCUGGCAAGCGUUCGAGGAGGCGGUAUUGGGGCAGACGUCGUGCGAUGUAGCCGCCGAGCGCUACCGCCGCAUGUUUCGAGCCAUGCCGCAAAUGGGGGCCUGCGACCGGUUCCUGUUGUGGAGCAAGACGAGGAUGCUGAUUCAGGACUACACGGCAGUGGCGCGUGACCUGUGGACGCUGGAGGACACGCUAGCCGGCUACAUGUUCAACGACCUGGUCUGGUGCGGCCAGCGGGAAGACUCGGAUUUCAAUUUCGGAUCGUGUCCCGAGUGGUCGGCGUGUUUGCAUCAUCCCGUGAACUCCUUGUGGAGGCAAGCCUCCAAAAUUUUUGGUGAAAUGGCGUGCGGCAACGUCACCGUGCUGCUGAAUGGCUCCAUUGAGAAGGCCUUCAACAGGAACAGCAUGUUCGGAAGCGUGGAGCUGGACAGUCUGAAUCCACUGAGGGUCCGCUAUGUCAACAUCAAGGUGGUCACCAAUCUGGACGGCCCCUUUAUAGAAUCCUGCACAAAGGGCUCCGUCGUUGACUUGAUCCACAUCCUGCAGGCCCGCGGAUUCCGCUGGACAUGCUCCGAUAACGACCGCAUUCUGACCAUCCUCCAAUGCGUCCGCAAGCCGGACCACUCGGCGUGCCGGACCCGCGCCGACAGCCAGGCAGUCAAGUGACAUAUUUUGCUGUCCCGAGACAAACUUUGUGAAAGAGAAUCAUAUUCUGACAAUCAUAGUCAAGUGUUUUUCAUGUGUUUUUAUAUAAAGAUUUCAAAAUAAAGCUGAAUUUUUGCAAAA